AAUUUUGUGACGUUUUUCUUAUCGUGUCGCCCUCGUCCUUCAUGAUUACCUAAAUAACCUCAAAUGUUUAUAAAAUCAAUUUUUCUCGUAACUUUUUUAAAAAUUGAUUACAAACACAAUAUUAUAUAACAUCUUAACUGUCGCAUAAUUCUUUAUAAGAUGUUGACGUGAAGAAUCGUUAAAAAGGGCAACAUGUCUUAUAUAAAGGUGCUCCAUUGCACCUUCUGCCUUAAGCAUGGAGUGGCCGGAAUAUCUACUAAGUCUGUGCUCAUGAAAAUAGGUAAUGGUACCUUAUCACAGCAGUUGGUUAGAAUAUCAACAUCAAACUGUUGGCAGAGCAAACUGCCGCUUACAACACAGAGUCAGACGGCAACUCCGGCAAAGAAGGCUAAGAAUGAGGACACCCGAGUGUGGAAGGAGACCCCGGCUCAUGACAGGACCAAUAACGUUGGCCAGUACUGCAUGAUGCUUUCCAAGUUUAGAUUAACAUCUCUAGUAGUAAUGACAUCAAUGGCGGGCUACGCGCUGGCGCCGGCGCCGUUCUGCCCGACCACGUUCGCGCUGUGCGCCGCGGGCACCGGGCUAGUCUCCGCCGCCGCUAACUCUGUCAACCAGUUCCAUGAAGUACCGUUCGACGCGCAGAUGUCAAGGACAAAGAACAGAGUGCUGGUCAAGGGGCUGUUAGAGCCAAUACACGCAGUGGGUUUCGCGGCUAUCACGAGCACGACUGGUCUCAGCUUACUCUACUUCGGCGUCAACCCUUUGACAGCUGCGCUGGGUGCCGGCAACCUCAUACUUUAUACGUCGGUUUACACGCCGAUGAAGCGGAUGUCCAUACUUAACACUUGGCUGGGAUCUGUGGUGGGCGCGAUCCCCCCACUAAUGGGCUGGGCGGGCUGCACGGGGUCGCUGGACGCGGGCGCGCUGGUGCUGGGAGUGAUCCUGUACUCGUGGCAGUUCCCGCACUUCAACGCGCUGUCCUGGAACCUGCGUCCCGACUACUCAAGGGCUGGCUACAGGAUGAUGGCGGUCACGGACCCUGCAUUAUGCAGAAGAGUCGCCCUCCGACACACCGGCGUGAUCACCGCAACGUGCCUCGCAUCCUCUUACCUCGGCGUCACCAAUACGUGGUUCGCGUUGGAGUCACUGCCCCUCAACGUCUACUUUAUGUACUUAGCCUAUGAAUUCUACAAGAAAUCCGACAGCGGUAGUUCUAGAAAACUGUUCAGGUUCUCUCUAAUACACCUACCAGCACUGAUGUUACUAAUGUUAGUCAAUAAGAAGUAUUGGAGCGCUGGCGAAGGACAGGACCAAAAGGACACCGUAAAGAAUAUAGAUGUGAAUAAAUUGCCGGGGAUCACGGUUAUACCACGAGGGCCGGUCGUGGCCGCUCAGGAGACGGACUUAGAGAAAUAAGAACACGGAUUUUAUAGUGAGGUUAUGAAUGUAUUCGUAGAAGUUAUUAUGACGUGGACGUUUUGCAACAGUCUUAAAUGGCAAUGUCACAACUGUAAAAGUAACUUAUAUUCUCUGUAAAGAGAUCUUAAUUUUUACAUGGUAAUAUGUGGCAUUUAAUUACCGCCAAGUCUUAUAGAACAGUAUAAAAGUUGAAUGUAAUAACAU